CCUCUGUUUUGCCCCAGAAGCGCGAGUGAUCAGACGUGUGUUGCCCGUCGUCUCCAGGUUUUGGGACUCAAUUUGAAGGAAUGUCGAGGUUAAAAUAUACCCUAAAUGCCGUACGUGGCGUAAUUUUAAGUUCCAAGUUGUGCGGAACUAACUUAAUGGUCGGCGCACGUGCAGCGACAGCGGUAGGUACUCAAACUCCGCUCCGAGCCCUGUGCACAACAUGUCUGCUUCGCAAAGCCGAGGACAGGAAGGCAAUGAUGGCGUCUCUGCCCAAGAAAGACGAAGGCACGCUUGGGGAGAAGUUGGUCGACGUCGAUCCGUCGCACGCCCGGUGGUCCAUGUUUCCAGAUGAGGACACACCCAAUAUGAUGUUUGAUGGCGUUCCUUUUCGGGACCUUCCAAUCUGCCACAUCAAGUGCAGCCUGAACAACACACUAAUGACCCUCACUGACUCAUCAGGGAAGUGCCUUGGAAGAAAAUCUGGCGGCACUGAAGGAUACAAGAAUGCCAAAAAGGGCACCACUGUUGCUGCACAAGCUGCAGCGAUGAGCUUCAGCCAUGUGGCCCAGCUGAGGGAUAUCAAGAACAUCCGGGUCAUAGUCAAGGGCCUUGGACCCGGCAGGCUGGCGUCCAUCAAAGGCCUCCAAAUGGGCGGCCUCACCGUCGUUUCCAUCACCGACAGAACACCAGCGCCCGAGAAGUGUCCGAGACCACGCAAAGCAAAGAGGCUUUGACGCACGACUGACCACGCUGUACCAAUUAGUGUUGUAAAUAAAAUUAUGAAGCAGACAA